AUGAUGGCCAUUCUAGAAAGCUUGUUUACCACAAAUAACAUCAUAUUCACAGUCAUCAUUCUUCUCUAUAUUCUUUACUAUCGUAAAUACCGCUAUUACAAGUUCGAACAAAAACUGCCAUUCACGAAAGGACGUCGACUUAUGGGAAAAACGCUCCCAGCAUUUCCUAAUGGCUGGUUUAUAGUCGCCCGCUCUUCAGAGCUUAAAAAAGGUCAAACAAAAUCAGUAGACUAUCAUGGCCAAAAUAUUGCUUUAUUUAGAGGAACGGAUGGAGUCGUAUAUGCAAUUGAUGCAUAUUGUGCACACAUGGGCGCCAAUCUUGCAGAAGGAGGAGUUGUCAAAUAUUCCAAAGGUCUUCAAUGCCCAUUUCAUGGAUGGGUAUUUGACGGAUCAACUGGAAACUGUGUAACUGGUCCAGACAUGAAACCAAAAAUGGGUGAAAAAUACCUUUAUAGCCCAGACAGCUUUUAGCCCGCCUUAGGCUUGCAACUUUCUAUGAUGUUGGUUUGGAACCAAAAGAUGUCAAACCAACUCUAUGAGUUAGCAAGUGAGUUAUACUUGUAUCUUGCCAAUUCAUGGAGUUGUUUUGCGACUUUUGGUUCCAAACUAGUUUGAGAGAAAGAUGCAGGCCCAAGGCGAGCUAAAGUCAGACCUGGGCUAUAUUCUUCUCAAAUCGGCGAUGCCAAUUUCACCGGGCCAGCACUUAAACUUGACAAAAAAGAGAUAAUUAAAAUCAAGAAAUGGCAAGUAAGAGAACUUGGUGGAUUUAUAUUUGUAUGGUACCAUGCAAUUGAAGAACUUAGAACUAAAACUCCACCUUACGAACCAUUUGAUCUCACUGAAUACACAAACAAACUGUCAUUUCGAGGAACUAGCAUAAAUAAAGUCCAAAGCCAUAUUCAAGACAUCCCUGAAAAUGGAGGAGACUUGAUGCAUUUCUUUUACGUCCACUAUUCUUUCCUUCCAUUUACCGAUGCUUUUAAAGCGAGAUGGAAAGCUAAUUGGAGCAGAGCUGACAACCCAAAUCUAAGAGAAGAAAUGAAGCAUGAGGUCGACUAUAUCAAUGACUUCAAAAUGAGGCUUUUCGAUAAAUAUUUGAACGACGAUAACAAGCCUUAUAUAGGAAUUAUCACAUUAGACAGCUAUUUACUUAUGCCAGGCUGCCAAGAAAUUUUCUUCUUCAAUGCAACUGGCUUCCAGCUAGGAUCUGGGCUUGUGUAUUUAUUUUUGAAAAGCCCGUUUUUCGAAACAAUAUUUUUCCAACACUUAGAACCUGUUGAAAAGUAUUACCACAAUAUUUAUCAUGAAAUUUAUGCAAGUAAUUAUCUGCCUUAUUGCAUUACUGCACUAAUGCUGAGACUAGAAGCCCAGCAAGUUAUGAACGAUGGAAAAAUCUGGGACAAUAAACAGUUCGCAAUGUCUACGUAUUACAAUAUGAGUGCCGACGCUGACAAGCUACUUUUCUCAUGGAGAACUUGGUUCUCGCAAUUCUACGAAGGCUGCAAAGAAGCCGAAGAGAAAAGAGAACAACUAUCAUGGUAG